GGGAAUUGGCGUUGGUAAUUUAGACUGGAGCUUGGUUUAUUUAUUGAUCCGUACUAACAGCACUGACUGAGUGGGAUUUAAACAGGAAAAUCUCCUCUUUAAUAUUAAAGCUAUUCAACAGGACCACGGUCCUAGUGUAAGGAGGGACUCAAAAAAGGGAGAAAAAGCCAAAGAAUGGGAAUUGUCUGUUGACAGAUUGUAUGUAUUCAAUCAUUCAUACUUGGAGCCGUGUAUAGGGUGGGGUUGUAGCUCUCGCUAGUGCAAAGCUGCAUGCCGGUCGCCUGUGGAGGAGAGAGGGGGAGGUAGAAGAGGGGGAUAGGUUCAUCACAGAGCGAGAAGGAGGGGGUGUCAGCAUGAAGAGAGGGAGGGGAAGGAGGGGUUUUAAAGGGUGGGCUUGUAGUCAUUGUUAGCCAGCAAGUCAGAGAGAGGCGCGAGCAGGCAGACAGUGAGUGUGUGUGCAAAUUGUGAUGAGUAAAAGCAUUAGGCGACUCAGCUGUUGAUACAGCCAGUGAGCGUGUGUAAGAGCGAGGGAGUGAGAGAGAAGUGUAAGGCAAAAAGGAAGGAAAUAAGGGAAAAGAGAGAAAGGAUAUUACAAGUAUGCUGUGCUGCAUAAGAAGAACAAAACCGGUCGAGAAGAAUGAAGAGGCUGACCAGGAAAUCAAGCAGGAUGAGAAGAAACCAGAGGACAAAGCCCACAAAGCGGCCACCAAAAUCCAGGCCAGCUUCCGUGGACACAUACUCCGGAAAAAAAUGAAAGAUGGAGAGGAGGAUGAGGAGGCCAGUCCAGCUGUCCCAGAGGAGGAGGCGAAGGAGGUGGCAGAUGGAGAAGAGGAGAAGGAGGACGUCCCCACUGCGGCUGAGCAGGCUGCCGAGGAAAAAGCCCCCCCUGGGAUUAAAGAGGAGGAGACGAGCCAAGCCAAAAGCCCCAUCUCAGAAAAGGCAGCAAACUCUCCUGCCCCUGUCGCCAACUCUCCCGUAGCCGCAGCAGCAGCUUCUCCCACAGCGGCGCCUUCAGAGCCUUCCAAAGAGGAGGCCAAGGCGGAGCCCGGCGACACCAAGGAGAAGCCCAAAGAGGUGGACAGCAAUGAGGUUCCAGUUUCUGCCCAAAACCGCUCUACUGAUUGUGCUGAAAAGAGUGUGGAGGGUGGUGCUGCCCAGGAGGAGUCCAAACAAGCCGACGUGCCUGCUGCUCCUGUCAGUGAGACGGCUGAUAAGGAGGAGCCUCACCAAAUACAAGACAAAAAAGAUGGUGCCGAAGAAUCCCAACCAGCUGAGGCUCCAGCAGAGGCAGUCCAGGAGGAGUCCAAGGAGGACCAAGCGAAAGUUUAACAUAGAGAAAAAAAUACUAUGAUUACAAAUGAAUUUAAAGGGUGACUCUUCUCCUUCUGAAUGUGAAGGCAGUCAGUUUUUAUUUGUUUGUCAUUUUUUGUGUGGCAAUGAUUUUCUUACGUUGGGAGAGUUUCCAACAUGCGUUUUUUGGUUCAAAGCUAUAAGUGGUAUGAUUUGGGUAUGUUCUGUAUCUUACAUUAUUGAUUCGAUGGUUGGACCUAUCCACAUUUUGAACUGAGUUUCAAAACCCUACAAAGCAGGACAGGACAUUUUCAUAUUCUGCUUGAGUUGAUCAAGCUUGGUUUACGUUCUUUGAGUAACAGGUCCUUCUCCUUCCGCACUUAUAAAACUAACAAGUCUGACAUGAUUUUCAUGACUUUACGGAAAACAAUGAGUACUAUGACAUGUUGUUGACCCCACAACUAAAAUCCCUCUUCCAAAUUACAUGAUUAGCAUGAACCAUCUAACAACUUGCAUGGGAACUCUUCUGCUAAGAGGAACUUUUCGCAGUCACAAUACAAAAGACAAUGUGGCUUCUUUUUGAUGUCCUUGGUGUUGUUAUGACAGUUUGAUAUGAAUUGGAAUUACUCUUGCACUGAUGUUAAAAAGAAAAUCAAUCAAACAAACAAAACUAAAAAACGUUUCCUAUGUUCCAGUGAGUGCAAUGUCCAGUUUGAAUCUAAGGAGUUAAAUUGUGAGAAAAAAAAAUGAUUUCAAUGUCUGUUUUCAAAAUAAAGCAAUGUGCCAAUUACCAUCAUAAAGUUGUGGAAUAUAUUUCACCUGCCAAACAAAAUAUUUGCUAAUGAAGCCACUUUCACAUAAAGACUGAAUUGGAAUAUAAUAGUAUUAUUAUUAAUGAGAUCUAGAGACAUCUAGUGGAAAGUAGUGGCACCUGCAGUUUAGGGCUUGGUGCACGAUUCAAAUUCGUAUUGCUCAGCACGAUAGCGCGAUUGAAAUGUAAAGGUAAUUUCUGAUUGAGUCGACCAAUGCAGCGUUUACUGUGAAUGCAGUCCACUAACUCUGGAACAAUGGCUUUACAUUUCUGUUGUGCUGUAUGGCAGCUCUUCAGCACUACAUAUUGAAUUCCUGGCAUGAAACGAUACCCAGCUAUUAGAUUAUUAGUAACAAAUGCUAUACUUUUGGGUCUUGACUCAAUCUGAGGUUCAGCGCUAUAGCGCACUUGAAAUGUAAAAGUUAUUACCGAUUAGAGCCAACAUAUGGAGUGUUUACAGUGAAUGUAGUCUCCGCUAACGCAGGAACAUUGCCUUUAAAUAUCAAUCAAACUACAACGCAGAUCUUCAGCACUACAGAUUGAAUCGAGCACCAUUGACCUGACAGUAAAAACAUCAUGGUGGUUAGCUCACUUAAAAAUAAAAAAUAAAUUAAAAGCUAGAUAGGUUAUAGAUACACCCAUUUUUUUAAUACUCCCAGUAUUUGGCACAAACACUUCUAGUUGGUCAGGUCUGUGUUGAAGGAUCAGCUAGGCUUUCAUAAUCACCAGAAAGAUUUCUCAUGAAGGAUAGACUGGUAACCUACAUGUGUUGUCCAGGGUUGGGGUCAAUUCCACAAAUUACAUUUUAAUUAAAUUCUCUCUCCCUGUAAAUUCCCACAUAGUUUCAUUCAAAUUCUAGGUCAGUCUUUGAAUUCAGAGAUAAUUAAAUUCCUCUGAAUUCCAAUGUUAGAUAAAUUCCACAAAUUCAAAUUCCUCAGGCGUUCAGGCUUAUUAUAUCACUGUUCAGGCUUAUUAUAUCACUGGUCAGGCUUAUUAUAUCACUGUUCAGGCUUCAGGGUAGCCUAGUGGUUAGAGCAUUGGACUAGUAACCGAAAGGUUGCAAGUUCAAAUCCCUGAGCUGACAAGGUACAAAAAUCUGUCGUUCUCCCCCUGAACAGGCAGUUAACCCACUGUUCCUAGGCCGUCAUUGAAAAUAAGAAUUUGUUCUUAACUGACUUUACACCCACCCCUUCCUGUGUCAUCUGAUGCCAGAGCAUGUCUUUUCCUUGAGUCUUUAUCUCAAUGGGGCCUACUGGUUUAAAGGUUAGAUAAAAACGCUACAAGGCUCAUCGCAAAUGAAUUGACUCCAUCCAUUUCAGGAGUUCAUCGGUGUCCAUAACAAUGGCCCUUUCCUUCUAUAAAGCCUAUCAUUUGAGUCAGACAAUGCAAAUGCCUGUACCUACUGGCAAGAGUUCUCCUUCCAGUUAUCACACUGUUCAGAUAGAUUUGUCAGUGUCAAUUUCCAAUGUCCAGAGUUAACUGUCUAGAAAGUGUCAUAGAAACCCAUCUCCUUUUCCAAAACAGAUCAUUUGUCAAGCACUCCAGAAAUAUAUAGUAUAGGACACAAAUCUCCCAAUGAGAAUUAACAAUACGUAUAUUCUUUUAUUUGCAUGUUACAUGGUGAUAAACACAAUUGUACCAGGAAGAUACUGUGUUUCAAGCGUUCUCCAAAAAGAUUACUCAUCGACAUCUCAAUCCACAUUCAAAUACAGAACACUGAAUUCAAACAACUUUAUUUUGCGUCAAAACAUUUUCUUGUAUACCUUUACAUACCAUUUUUAGAAAUCAAUCGCAAAUAACGUUACCAUUAAUCAAAGCAAAUAGAAAACAGGGACAUUGCUGUGUGAUGAUUGUAUAAUUGUCUAGGAAUUCCAUUCUUGUGACAAAGGGAAGUACAAAUGUGACAUUCCUCUGUGUCCUACAGUGGAGUAUUAUCAACAAAGUGAACUUAGGGAUAGACUCAGCUUAAAUAUAUUCUAAAAACAGUUUAUAUACAGGUGAGGUAAAUCACAAGAUGGUGGGUUACACAUGUAACCAUAGCUUGGUGGGAUGGAUAAACAUGUGGCCAAUGUAAAUGACUGCUAAUUCAUGCCGCAUGUAUCUCUUUCAAUGGCUUAAAACAAGCCAAAGUAACUCAACAGUGUGUGCAGACACACAAGCCAAUUUUAUACAGCGAUGGGAUGCAAUGUUUAUUAUUAGAAAGAAUCUAGGUAGACAUAUCAGUCCCCUUCAGUUCCCCAGGUGUCAGUCAUAAGGGAUCAGGGGCUGUAUUCAUAGGCAGGGUAUAGCGCAGUCAGGUGAGACCCCUCAUCUUGGGAAAGACUUCAGCUCAACAUCUGAUGGCUCACUGGCCGAGGAGACUGUCAAUCACUGCAAGACCGCCCACUGCUUUCCCCCAGUGCUUUAGCUUUGACAGGUAGACACAUACAGUACGGUGCUAUAGUCCACAUUGCCUUCCCAUUCAGACAUGUAAAAACACUUCCCAUUAAAUAAUAAUACAUACCCCUUUAUUGGCGAGUUAAUAAACUAUCGUUCAGAGGCAGGAUGUACAGUAGGCCUAGCGUCCAUUGUUUUAUGGGUAAUUGAAAAUACAGAGAUGACACACAAGAUAGAUUUUCAGUAUAGCACUAAGGCUAACAUACAGCAAGUCUGUUUUCUAGCAAAGAACUCUGACUGCUUAGAUGGACAACUACCAUGGUUCCAAAGCAGUAUGAAUACAGUGGAGGUUUUUUAAAGAUGAGAUUUCAGAGAGCAUUGCUUACAUUUACAGGUUGGUUUUGUGAACACACGGACUUGACAGACAGCGGUAGACAACGUCGUCAUGACGCCGAUCUGUUUUUGUUGGCCUUUGUUGUUCGUCAAUUCAUUUUGGCAUUCAGCUCACGGUCACUCUCCGUGAGCUUUCAUUUUAGAAACCAAACACAUCUAUGUACCCAACUCAAAGAAAAACUAAAACAAUGUUGUAAUUGGAAAGGUACAAUAAAUGCACAAACUUGACCUUAUUAAAUCCUUUUAAAAACAUUGUUCUUACUUAUUGGUUUUACUUGUAUGGUGCAAAGCGCUGUUGCCAUGGGACCCUAUAAGUUAAUUAUCAACAAAUGACUGACUUAUUAAGAAAUUUGGACAUAUUAAAUGUGUCUUUAUAUAUAAGGACAUUGGAUUCAAGUAUAUACACCAUUAACGGAAAUUAUUGAAAAUAAAUCCAUAAAUUAUGAAUUUCCAUAUGUUAUUAUGAAAAGACACAUACAGAAAAGAAAAGCACAUCAUUCAUGUCACACAUUUCUAUCCAAAUUCCAGCAGUAUAACUGUGGUAGCUCAAAAUUUAUUGGAGAAAGUCGACACCAUAAAAGCUAAUAUGGCAGGCCAUUUCUGAAGCUAAAUACAGUUUGCCAUAGAGAAACUGAACAGCAUGUAAUUGGUUUGUAAUCAUACAAGCAACAUACACUGUAACAAUAAUUACAAUUUUUCUUGUUACAGUGGCGAAACAAGUUAUUUUUAUCAUAUAGAGACACUUUAAAAAAAAGAAGUUAUAUACAGUAACGCAUCAAUAUUACGCAUGUUUUGUUUGAUGAAGGUCAAGAAAGUAGGUCUUCCUUUUCGACAUAAAGACGAUUUCACAUUUCAAGCGUUUCUAUCAAGGUCUGCACUGAUGCAAACCAUGCUAGUCCACAGUUACUGUGUUUCUCCUUUGAUGGGUCCAAAAAUCAGGCAGUUAAUAUAGCGGCAACUAGCCCUGUAUCUAACGUAGCUGAGGCUGUUUGCUCCCGGGUUAUGAUCCCAAUACUCUUGAAAUGAAGUAUACCAAAUAUAACAUGUUCUACUGUUUUUCUGUAAUGUUGACUGGAGUAUGUUGGCUUUGACAUAAUGCGUAUUAGAAACACUUUCAAAUCUAUUGUUUUGUAUUUUUCUAAAUGUCAAUUCUUGGACAUAUAUUGGCGUAUUAUUGUGUGAUGAUGCACUGGUUACAAUGACCUUUUUUAGUCUAACAAUGCAGUACAAUUACAUUAGGAAAGUAACAGUAACUUGAAUGUCUCAGUGCUUCUCAUAGAUAUCCAUGAUUGUUGUACUUGACCUGAAAUCCCUGCCAUUUGGGAGUUUAGACUUAUGUAUUCAUGGUGACAAAAUACAAUGGACCACACCCAAUCCCCCCCCCCCCAACUGAAACAAGAGUAAUGACAGCAGAAAAGCAAGACUUCAGCAUCUUCAAAUGGUAAUAACUGUUUCUUUAAAAAAAACA